AUGAGCGGCGGCCGCUUUGACUUUGACGAUGGCGGGGCGUACUGCGGGGGCUGGGAGAGCGGCAAGGCCCACGGGCACGGGCUGUGCACCGGCCCCAAGGGCCAGGGCGAGUACUCGGGCUCCUGGAACUUCGGCUUCGAGGUGGCCGGCGUGUACACCUGGCCCAGCGGCAACACCUUCGAGGGGUACUGGGCACAGGGCAAGCGGCAUGGGCUGGGCAUAGAGACCAAGGGGCGCUGGCUCUACAAGGGCGAGUGGACGCACGGCUUCAAGGGCCGUUACGGCACCCGGCAGAGCAGCAGCAGCGGCGCCAAGUACGAGGGCACCUGGAGCAACGGCCUGCAGGACGGCUACGGCACCGAGACCUAUGCCGACGGAGGCACGUACCAGGGCCAGUUCGCCAACGGCAUGCGGCACGGCUACGGCGUGCGCCAGAGCGUGCCCUACGGGAUGGCCGCGGUGGUGCGCUCGCCGCUGCGCACGUCGCUGUCGUCCCUGCGCAGCGAGCACAGCAACGGCGCGCUGGCCCCGGACGCGCCCGGCCCGCCGGCCCCCGACGGCCCGCCGCCGCCCUCGCCCGCCAUCCCGCGCGGCGGCUUCGCGCUCAGCCUGCGGGCCCGCGCCGACGGGGGGCCCCGCGCCCGGGCCGGGCUGCUGCCGCGCGCGCCGCUGCUGGGCCGCCUGCGCCGGGCCGAGUCGCGCGCGUCGCUGGGCAGCCAGCGCAGCCAGCCCGGCUCCGGCGCCAGCGACAGCUCCUCCGCCAGCCUGGGCGGCGACGCGGCCGACGCGGCGGACGAGGCGGCGGCCUUCGAGGCGGACAUCGACGCCACCACCACCGAGACCUACCUGGGCGAGUGGCGCAGCGACCGGCGCUCGGGCUUCGGCGUGAGCGAGCGCUCCAGCGGCCUGCGCUACGAGGGCGAGUGGCUGGACAACCUGCGCCACGGCUACGGCUGCACCACGCUGCCCGACGGCCGCCGCGAGGAGGGCAAGUACCGCCACAACGUGCUGGUCAAGGGCCCGCGGCGCCGCGUGCUGCCGCUGCGGGGCCACCGGCUGCGCCAGAAGGUGGAGCGCGCCAUGGAGGGCGCCCAGCGCGCCGCCGCCAUCGCGCGCCAGAAGGCCGAGAUCGCCGCCUCCAGGACCAGCCACGCCAAGGCCAAAGCCGAGGCCGCCGAGCAGGCCGCCCUGGCCGCCAACCAGGAGUGCAGCGUUGCCCGCAGCCUGGCCAGGGAGCUGGCUCCGGACUUCUACCAGCCAGGCCCGGAGUACCAGAAGCGCCGGCUGCUGCAGGAGAUCCUGGAGAACUCGGAGAGCCUGCUGGAGCCGCCGGGCCGGGGCGCGCCGGCGCGGCCCCCCGAGGGCGCCCCGUCCCCGGCCGGGACGCCCCCGCCGCCCAAGCGGCCCCGCCCGGGGGCAGCGGCGGCCGCGGACGGCCCGGGCCCCGGCGCCUGGAACGGCGAGCGGGACGCCGCGGGCAGCGGGCCCGCCUCGCCCGGCCGCCCGCGCCCCGCGCGCCCCGCGCACAUGGCCAUCGAGGCGCUGCAGGCGCCGCCCGCGCCCGCGCCCGAGCCCGAGGCGGCGCUGUACCGCGGCUACCACAGCUACGCCGUGCGCACCGGGCCCGCGCCGCCCCCCGAGCAGCCCGAGCCCGGGUCCGAGGCCUCGGGGUCCGACUCCGGGCCGCCCUCCCCGGCCGCCGCGCCCGCGCCCGCCGCGCCGGAGCCCGCGCCCGCGCCCGCGCCCGCCGCCAGGCUGGAGCCCAAGCCCAUCGUGCCCAAGGGCGAGCCCCAGGCCAAGGCGCGCAGGGCGGAGGCCCGCGGGCUGGGCAAGGCGGCGGCGGGCCGGCGGCGGCCCCGGCGGGAGGCGGCCGCGCCCGACGCGGAGGUGGAGGAGGUCCCCAACACUGUCCUCAUCUGCAUGGUGAUCCUGCUGAACAUCGGCCUGGCCAUCCUGUUCGUCCACCUGCUGACCUGA